UUCCUGUGAGUCUCCAUCUUCUUUGUAUAAGAACACUCCUCUCCUUACACCUGUUGGAUAUCUUCUGUUUGGGUUCUGAUGGAUUCGAGGUGGGCGACUCUCAGCCUUGACCUCGGCGUCGGCCUUCUUCCGUCUCCUGGCCAAGUUUCGAGAGAGCGUGGAUCAGUGCUGGUCGAAGGGAGUUCUUCGAGAAAAGAAGAGGCUCGUUUGACGAGCACACAGUUUGGAGAUUUAGAAGCCGAGCUGAACCGGAUCAGUGAAGAGAACAAGAGGCUUAGUGAGAUGGUCAGCAACAUGCUCACGGACUGCGUUGCUCUAAGCGGCGGCGUGCCUGCGUUGCCGAAGAGGAAGAGGAUCGAGACGAACACGCCAGGUGACGACGACCCAUGCAAAAGAGUGAGAGCAGAUCCCGUGCCCAACGCCUCGAAGGCCUACGUGCGGAUCGACCCGAAGAACACGAGCUUGGUGGUCAAGGACGGAUACCAGUGGAGGAAGUAUGGUCAGAAGGUGACGAGAGACAACCCAUUCCCCAGAGCUUACUUCAGAUGCUCCUUUGCUCCUUCAUGUCCUGUGAAGAAGAAGGUGCAAAGAAGUGCGGAAGACGGAUCGAUCUUGGUGGCCACAUAUGAAGGCGAGCAUAACCACAAACACCUUGCGCAGGACGAACUCUACGUCGGAGGAAUCCCGUGCCGGCCAUUGCAGCAGCGAUUCGGAAACCAGGAAUCGCCGGGGUUUCACAGGAUCCUGGUGGACCAGAUGGCCUCCUCGUUGACGAAGGAUCCAAGCUUCACGGCUGCUAUCGCUGCCGCCAUAUCCGAGAGACUUCUGCAACAGACACCGGUUCCGAACUAGGCGUGCGAUUGAGUACUCAGUAUCCUUCCUUCCUCGCGCUCCCAAUACAACUUCAUUUCAUAUAGGAUCGGGUGGAUGUAAUCGAGAUUCCAACUUGUAUAUUGCUCAUGCAACUUUAUAUUUAUAUAUAUAUAUAUAUAUAUAUAUAUAUAUAUAUAUAUAUAGUGCCCA